AUGCAUGGCAGACCCGUCCGACUGCACUUCCUCCCCACCUUCAACAACGACAACUCCCUUCGUGAUAACCUUCUAUCGCAGUCAGAAGCCAAGUCGCAUGCUGCAAGGAUCUCAAGUACUCGACGCAAGUCGCCGAACAAGCGAUCGAAACGGCCGGCUCUUCGGCUCAAUGUUGCGACCAGGUUUGCGAACGGCGCUGUCCUUAUGCGAACGUCCCUCAACACGGUCCUUGACCCGUUCCUCGACAUUGCCGGACCAUUGGUCGUGUCGGACAGGAAGGCACUGCAGGCCUAUCUGACAGCGAACAUGGCAAUACGCUCGCCCGAUCCGUCCGCCCAGUCGUUUUGCCCAAUCCGCGAUGUCCUCCUUCCGAAAUUCUCCGUCUCACCGGCCACAGUUCAAGGCAUCCUGCUCAUAGUCGACGUCUGGCACGCAUCCACCGCCGCAGACGACCUUGAAGUCAAGCUCUCACGCCGGCGAACCACUCUAUUGAAGCUCAUGGCCGCGAUCGUGAACGAUCCCACGGUCUUUGCACAACAGCACGUGGCCAUGACGCUGUCCACGCUAGCCACAGCGGAGCACCGGGCAGGUGACUACUUCGCGAGUCAAUGCCAUUUGAAGGGGCUUGUAACAUGGUUGAACUUCCAUGGAGGCUUGUCGGCGCUGAAGAAGUUCUCGUACAGCUCCUCGGUCAUGCUGACGGCCACGAUGGUGACGCUUGACUUCCAGCUCUUUCAGAAUGAGGAGCAGGUGGAAGCAGCGCUAGCGAGACUGGUGUUGAAGAGAGGGAGGCGCUGUGAACGACUCGCGCCGUAUGCCAGGGAUACGGAAGGGUAUGGGUCAGGAGCACACGAUAUUUCUCGUUCCCACCUUGCUACUUUGUACCUACUGAAUGGCGUGCUGCAGUGGGAAGAUGACGCCUUUGUUGAGCGCCUGGUUGAUCAGCUUCCGACACCGGGUGAGCCAAACAGCAGUGUUGGCUUUGGGGCGCUAUUCUGGCUGGUCGCACGGGCAGCGAACUCCAGAAGCGACCUGCCGAAGGGCGUCCACCCACAAGCGAACAUCAUCGAGUUCGUCCAUCUGCUUGCGCUCACAACGACGGAAGUGCGAAGGCAGGUCGCGGAGAUGAUGACGGCCAACAUAGUUGAGGACUAUGGAGGAGGAACGGAGCGCAUCGAGAUCGAGGAACUGAACGACGAGGUCCGAGAGGGCGCGAUGAGGGUGUUUGGGAGUGGAACGGCUUCGGAAGAGGCUGGAGUUGGCUUGGCAAGGACGAACUCCCAAGAUACGGUGAUGCACGGGAUGGAGGAAGUGUGUCCGCACAGUGCAGCAAUGGAGUCGUUUCACUACGACGUCAGAGGUUUCUCUGAUCGGGACAGCCGCGAAUUGCGUAUGACGGAGCGCGUCAGGCGCUGUCCGAUGCUGCUUUCUUGA